AAUAUGUGGUUUAUAAACUUAAUACUUUUCUGUUGAAUCUUUAAAUUGCAUCUCAGUGUUUUGUGCUCUCAGUUAUAAUGUUAUUUCAGCAUGCUGUUUAUAUGUGGCAUUAUAAACCUUUUAUAUGUUAGACACUGACAGUAGUUAUGAAAAUGAAUUCUAUGUGCUGUACAGACUCUGCUCACUUCACAGGAGAGAGAACAUGUGAUGCUUGUACACUGUGCAAUGCAAGGCCACCAUAAAUGACAGAUUUCUUCAGGUGCCACCCACGAACUGAAUUACUAAUGAGUAUCAGCUUUCUCUUUGUAGGCAAGCAUGACUACUUAGCUCUAAAUUUUCUGGUGUGUGAGCUGAGCAGCAGCAUUGCAGUACUUGAGUUUGAUUUUGUGUGGAAGAUGAGGGCUACUUCUCAUGUAUUCAUAAAUAAUGAAUACUACACCUUCGUUAAGCUUGGCAUCUUUAAAGCCGACAUUAACUGGGUAGUUUUUCCAAAAAAUUAUUAUAUGACCUAGGAGAAGCUAAAGUCUUGUCCCAUUUUUAAAGAAAAAUAGAGAGGUUCAGCAUUGUAAGGUUUCUAAAGAUGUUAUUACUGGUUGAACACAAUACCUGGUAAACAUCUUCUGUUUCUAAAACCUGUCAUGAUUUAGUGAGGUGGAUAUUGCUGUUCCUGUAGCUUUCCAUUAAAGAAUCUUCAGAUAAUGUAAAUUUGGUAACUUGAGAUGGGGGCUUUGGGUCUAUUUGCUCGUAGUGCACCAAGAUACUCUGUCAUACUAAGAUACGGGAUAGUUUUUUCAUUAGUAUGUGGGAGAAUAUUUGUACAUUAUUGAUAUCUUUUUUCCAGAUACAGUUUAAUUAACCAAAAUUGUUUGUUUACUGUCAAGAUUAUCAUGGUGCAGUAAGCAUAAUUUUGGAGUACAAGUGAGUAAAGUUUAAAGCCAAGAGUCUUUAAAUGUCAAAAUAUUAUUUUUUUAUUUGAUUCACAUGAUUUUGGUAUAGAGUAGGCUGAAAAAGCCCCACAGUUUUUAUCAAAGUUUGUAGUUUUCUUUGGAUAAUACUCAAGAAUUCAGAGGUGUAUCUGUGUUGCAAAAAAGUGCUCAUGUGACUAAAAAUGUAGAUAAUACAAAAGCUAUUUUUUUGCCAACAAUUACAGCUUGCCGUUAGUUAAAUGGUAUUUUUCAGAUAAUGUUUAGUAAAACGAAUUUGCUUGUUACAUUCUGUUGCUCUGCUUCCACAUCUGCCCUACAGAGCAGUGGGUACUAUUUGUCUCAGUCUUUGUUCCAGAAUUGAUGUUAGUCCUUCCGAUGGGUUUCCAGACACUGCAGAACAGUUUUUCUUUGGUUGGUGGCUUCACAGGUCAGUUCAUCUUCUGGGACCCGUCCCUGCCUUCUGGUUAAGGAAUCCAUGCACCCAUACAGGAUGACUCAACAGUGGGAUGGAUGUUCAGAUACCAGAAAGGUACUGGUAACUUGACAGGAGCCUCCACAUUCUUUAGAGAGACCUAUUGUAUGUGAGACGUUUCAGGAACCUGUGCAGUUUGAAUACGUCGGAUUGUUAAAAUCUGAAACUUUCAUGAUGAAGAGAGCUGGGCAGAAGGUGGUGGCUGGAACUGAAGCUCCUGGAGCAUCACAGACAAGCAAAAAGCAGAAAACUAGUUUAUAUGGCUCAGAGCUUGGGGAAUCUGACCCAUGCACCUCAAUGGACUGGGGCAGCCUUCCACACCACGUGAUUCUGCGUGUUUUUCAGUUCCUGACUUUAGUGGAUCGAGCCAGGGCAUCUUCUGUUUGUCGAAGGUGGAAUGAAGUUUUUCACAUCCCAGAUCUCUGGAGGAGAUUUGAAUUUGAACUUAGCCAGCCAGCCACUUCUUAUUUAAAGUCUACGCAUCCGGAUCUCAUUCAGCAGAUUAUCAAGAGGCACGCUGACCAUCUGCAGUACGUCAGCUUCAAGGUUGAUAGUAGUACUGAGUCAGCAGAAGCAGCCUGUGACAUCCUUUCUCAGUUGGUGAACUGUUCUAUUAAGACAUUGGGUUUGAUCUCUACAGCAAAACCAAGCUUCAUGAAUGUCUCCAAGGCUCAUUUCGCAUCAGCACUGACAGUAGUUUUUGUGAACUCCAAGUCGUUAUCAUCAAUCAAGAUAGAUGAUACACCCCUUGAUGAUCCUUCCUUGAAGGUUCUUGUUGCUAACAACAGUGAUACUCUAAAACUGCUAAAAAUGAGCAGCUGUCCUCAUGUUUCACCUGCUGGCAUUCUUUGUGUGGCUGAUCAGUGUCAUGGACUUAAGGAGCUGGCUUUGAACUACUACAUAUUAAGUGAUGAACUGCUGCUGGCUCUUUCAAGUGAAAAACAUGUUGAUCUCGAGCACCUCCGCAUUGACGUCGUGAGUGAAAAUCCUGGACAAGUUCAAUUUCACACCAUUAAAAAGCAAAGCUGGGAUGCUCUUGUUAAACACUCCCCUAAAGUCAACAUUGUGAUGUAUUUCUUCUUGUAUGAAGAUGAAUUUGAUGCUUUCUUCAGAGAGGAAACGCCUGUUACACACCUGUACUUCGGUCGUGCAGUGAGCAAGGCAAUGCUGGGUCGCAUUGGCAUGAACUGCCCCAGGCUGAUCGAGCUGGUCGUGUGUGCCAAUGGACUUCAACCUUUGGAUGAUGAGCUCAUCCAGAUUGCUGAGCGCUGUAAGAACUUAACGGCCAUGGGGCUGGGGGAGUGUGAAGUCACCUGCAGGGGUUUUAUUGAAUUUGUAAAGAUGUGUGGGGGCAGGCUUACUCAGCUUUCCAUAAUGGAGGAGGUGCUGAUUCCAGAUAGUGAUUACAGCUUAGAUCGGCUUCAUCUGGAAGUCUCCAAACACCUUGGAAGAAUGUGGUUUCCUGAUAUGAUGCCAACGUGGUAAAUUCUCUGUGUGGAUAAAAUGGUGGAGUUGGUGUGUCGCUUUCUAUGCAAAUAAAAAAUUUAAAAACUAAAUGUGAAAACUUUCUUCCAGAUUUGAAUUGUUCUUCCUUGAAAAGACCUCUAUUAGACUAAGAGCAAAGCACUCUACGAUAUUAAUUGUAUAUUGAAAUAGAAAAUAGAUUUAACUGUACUUAACAGUUCUGAAAGUAUGUCUGUGGUUUACAGGUGCUUCAAACUUUAAUGAAUUAGGGCUUCUCUGAGCUUCAAUGUAAGCAUUCAAUUUACUCUAAAGUGGGUUUGGGGUUUUUUUUUGUCUUUGUUUACUCUUUCUGAUCUAGUCAGAAGAGGAAUAGAGAAACUAUUUUCCCUUUUUUUUCCCUAUUUUUAUCUAUCAGUGGAAAGCUGGAUAGAACUUUGAGUACAGUAUUAUUUGUCAUGAUGUUUUAUAUAGCUAUUUUUUAAUUAUUCAUGUUUUAAUUGUAAGAGUUUGUAUAUUAAAAUACACUAUUCUGGGUUAAUCGGAUAUAAUUUAGCUUAAAUUCAUGGCAGUAUAAUAAAAUGUUAAUAAGCUUAUGCUUACAAAGAACUGUCCAAUUCUAAAUUGCACUUUAAGUAAUUUGUCAGAUUACAGAAUACAUUGUACAGUAUGUUGUUUUUGUCUUAUGAGUUAAAAGGAUGGGAAAGAGAUUUUGUUAAAAUUACUGAUUUUAAGUUUGGUUCUAGAUUGAUUGCUUGAGUGAGUAAUAAAGCGCUUUGGAAGCUGUCAGGACACUAAGGAAUAGCUUUGGAUUUGAGCUUUCCUUUGUAAUCAAAGACUGAUGUCUGAAUGCUGUUCCAUGCAUUCAUUGCUAAGAAGUAAGGAUUUCAUAUAUGUGGCUAGUAAGAGGGAAAGAUGAAAUGCAGUACAGUUGUCUUUGAUCAAUUUCUAUUCGGAAUCAAGGAUUUAGAGCACUUAAAUUUGUUACUUAGAGGCCAAAAUGGACUGUACUAAUCUCACUGUAUCUUACAGAGUUUCAUGCAAGCCCUGAUUUCUAGAGAAAGGCUUGCUGGAGGUAAGUCCUGAAAUCUUUAAUUCAGGACUGUUUAAUACUUGUUGCUAUUCAUUGUUUUUUGAGAAAGGUUGUAUUAUAUUUAUUUUCUUAUAAGGUGAAAGGCAUGGUGAGUUGAUGUAAAUUAGAGUAUGUAUUUUUUUGUUAACAUUUUGCACACUGUAAACUUAAAUGCAUUGUAUAUAAAUUUUGCUGUAA